UCGAUUUCGGUUCAACGGCGGUUCCGCCGCAACAUGAGAACCGGCGGUUUGAACCCGGUUGGGUAGGUUUAGUCUGAAGGAAGCAUAAACAGCAACAGACAGAAGAGCCGUCAUUGUGAUUGACUGAAACACAGCGCUUCUCUUCUCUCCUCUUCGAAGGUGCAUUAUCGAUACUAUUAUCCUCCUAGCCCUAAUUUACUAAUUGAUUGAUUGUUCGCUCGCCUAAAUCAUUAAGGUCUUAACAAUGUUAGUGGCUACAACCAUUCCUACUACAACUGCAUCUCCAUCCCCACUACUUCAAAAAGGGAUUUCGGUAUCAAAUGGAUCUUGCAAGUCUUUCCCAAGUGCUGCUGUUACCUGUCCCAAAUUCAAACUCAGAUGUAGCAGCAAAAGAUUGUGCAUCACAUCUUGUUUACCAUCAUCAUCAUCAUCAUCAUCAUCAUCAUUGACAACAAUGCCAACACCGGAAAUUGGAAUCGAGACAGAACAAGAAGCUGCCCUCGCGCGAGUCAAGAUUCUGUCGGAAGCUCUACCUUUUAUACAAAAGUUCCGUGGCAAGACUAUUGUUGUUAAAUACGGCGGCGCUGCAAUGAAGUCCGAGGUUCUCCAGGCAUCCGUGAUCUCUGACAUUGUCCUACUUUCAUGUGUCGGCCUUCGGAUUGUGUUUGUACACGGUGGCGGGCCGGAGAUCAAUCAGUGGCUCACAAAGCUCAACAUUCAGCCUAACUUUCUUAAUGGUCUCCGAGUAACAGAUGCAUCGACCAUGGAGAUUGUGUCGAUGGUGUUGGUUGGUAAAGUGAAUAAAAAUCUCGUUGCGCUGAUCAACAAGGCAGGAGCAACUGCAGUCGGAUUAUCCGGAAUUGAUGGUCGACUCUUGACUGCCCGGCCUUCUCACAAUUCGUCGCUGGGGUUUGUUGGAGACAUUGCUAGCGUUGAUCCGUCGAUACUACGACCACUCGUGGAUAACAACCAUAUCCCUGUAAUUGCUUCUGUUGCUGCCGACGCGACGGGACAGUCGUACAACAUUAAUGCAGACACAGCAGCCGGAGAGCUUGCGGCGGCUUUGGGAGCAGAGAAGCUGAUCUUGUUGACAGACGUUUCGGGGCUGCUAAAAGACCGGGACGAUCCCAAGAGCUUGGUGAAGGAAAUCGACAUUAAAGGGGUUCAAAAAAUGGUCGAAGACGGAACAAUCGCGGGCGGGAUGAUCCCAAAAGUGAAUUGCUGUGUAAGAUCUCUAGCUCAAGGAGUUAAGACUGCAAGUAUUAUAGAUGGACGCCUUAAGCAUUCACUACUUCUGGAGAUUCUUACAGAUCAAGGAGCAGGAACAAUGAUAAGUGGAUAAUAAUAGGUUCACUUAAUUUCAAUUUCUGUCUGCUAAAUUAACAAUGUGUUGUGAUGUUUCAAGUUUUUGCAAUGUUGUUUGGAAAGUUUUGAACUUUAUUUAUCGGUAGUUAGCUGAUGAAUGAAGUGAAUGGUUUCAAA